AUGCUGUCGUUCUCCAGAGGCGUGCUGCCGACUUCACGGCAUCCUGCGCAUAACAACGGCAUGGCAUCAUCACAAUCGUCGGAGAGUGGGAAAAGGUCGACAUUAUCACUGGCAUCUAGCAUUGCCAGCAGCAUACGAUCUGGAGCGCUAGCAUUCUCAGACUGGAUUCUGGAUUGGACACCAUUCGGAACGAUCAAGGUCUUUUACAUUUUCUACAUGGCCACGAACUUCUACAUUGCAGCGACAUGUGUCAUCGAAUCAUUCUUGGGCUUGACACCGGUGCGGGACGCGAGGAAGGCCGCAAUGGCAGUGGAGGCCACUGGCAAGUUUCCAAGCGAUCUCAAUGGCACUGCAGACAAUCUCCCCAUUAUCGACUUGGUGAUCGUAGCAUAUCUGCCCAACGAGCAAGAGAUCAUUCGAAACCAGGUGCUCUACGCAUGCGAGGAACUACUCUACCCGAGAGAAAAGCUACGGAUCAACCUCGUCUACAACACUCCUAAGGCGAUAGAACCUCUCGAAAGCGAGCUUGUAUUGCUGCCUGAGCAGUACAAGAAUCUACGAGUGAUCAAGGUUCCAGGCUCCAAGUCGAAGGCGGACAAUCUCAACUACUUCUUUGGCCUGCAGUCCGAUGCUGAGAUCAUUGGCAUCUUUGACAGUGACCACUGCCCGCAUCCUCACAAUCCACGAUGGGCAGCAGAGCGCUUUUUGGCCGAUCAGGCCGUUGAAAUUGUGCAAGGUCGCUGCAUCGUGUACAACACGAACGAAAGAUUCUAUGCCAGAAUGAUCGCCGUCGAAUUCGACAAGAUUUACGCCAUUUCCCACCCUGGCCGUAGCAGGAUGUUCGGCUUUGGUCUUUUCUGCGGUAGCAAUGGCUACUGGAAGGCACCAUUACUUCGUGCGCACAAGAUGCUCGGCGACAUGCUCACGGAAGACAUCGACUCUGCACUCCGUGCUUAUGGCCUUGGCAAGAAAGCAGUCCAUGAUAUGAAUGUCACGUCAUUCGAAAUGGCACCCAACACAUUCAAGGCAUUCUGGAACCCACCGAACGGCAAGCGCGCCGUCGACAAGCGCUGCGGUAUUCUUUCGUUGCUUACAAUUCGUGAGAUCAGCUACUACCUCGUCACCCAACAUGCCUGUCUUCUCCUGAGCUUCGUCAUUGUGGACUGGCCUCACAGCCCUGCCGAGCUCGGCCGACUUCUUUUCUUCAGAUACCCCAUGGCUCAGUGGUUCUUCUUCGCCACUAUCGUCGCCUUGUUACACACGCUUUACUUCACCGAAAAGGUGCGGUCGGAGUUUACGAGCUUCAAGGACAUGGUUAAUUUCUGCAUUAUAUACAUUCCAUACUUGGUGUUGAUGGCCACCAUGGGACUGUACGGACAUGCGAGACAGAUCAUCAAGUACUCAAGCUGGAACCCUACUGUGAGAAAGUAG